CAACGAAACUCUCGUUUGUCAUUAUUUUAUGUUUCUUUAAUAAAAUUAAAAAUUUAGAAAAGAGCGUAUAUUUUGUAAGAUUUUUAUAAAAUUUAAAAUUUACUUUAUUUCACUAAGGAAAUAAAAACCUUGCAAAUUGUUUAUUAGCUUAACAUUUGUUAAGCAAAUGCGAAAGUUAAGUGUGCAUCGGGCGACCGAAAACUUAAAAAGAUAACAAUUGUUGUCCAACGCAAUUUUUUUUUUUAGUGGUGGUUCAAAUUGAAAAACAGAAAAGAAAGGAAAAGGGGAGAGAAACGAUAUUAAAAUACAUAAAAGACAAGUUUUCUGGUAGCUCCCGGUGGUGGUGAUAACACUGAAACAGAAAUGUCUUCCCCGUUUGCGGUGGUUGAGUCGUUGUUACAUGAAUUCUAUACACCGACCACACCUAACGCGCGUAAACGCGAAAUAGAGGUUGAGUUGUUAGCAUUUAAAAAUCAAUCGGAAUCCUGGAAAACCUGCCUUAGUGCGGUGAGCAAUGCUACGACCUUUGAACAGAAUCACUUUUUAUGGUUUUUUGCUACGUCUACUUUGGAUCACACCAUAACGCGCCGUUGGAUGCAAUUGGGCAGCUCAGAUAGGGCACUUCUACGUGAAACGUUAUGGCACACAUAUGCUAACUUAGCUUGCGCAUCAGCAAAACGCCAGCGCGACACUUACGCUCAGUUAAUAGCUUUAUUGGGAAAACGCCAAUUUCCCGACGAAGAUCCAAACUAUUUGGCGCAUUGCAUAGCUCUUACGAAAACCAAUUUUUCAUUAGGCAUUUGCUUACUGCGUACAACGUCUGAGGAGGUAGUUAGCAGUCGUGAAGAUGUCAGUACAGAUCGUAAGCAAUACUUUCAUUCCUGCGUUUCUAUAUGUUUACCCGAAGUUACGGAUUUACUAACCAAAUACUUACUAAUCGCUGUGUGUCAUAUCAAUGGUAAAGAUAUCCAUUCCAUACCCAGUACGCUCAUGGAUUAUAAUCUAAUAACCUCGCUGCCCAAUGACAAUCAAUUAAGUAACUCCAUUUUGGAGUUCUUAUCUUGUGUGCAACAUUUGGUUUCUUGGAUGAAUACUGAUCUGCUCUCGGAAUACUUUUUUAUGAGCAUUUUGGAUUUGUCACAGUGGCGUUCCAAUCGUCAAGAUAUUUCUCUGAAUGGUCUUUCAGUAUUAAAUGAACUGCUGUAUUUGCAAAAGCCCUUACCAUUCUCGAACAUUUUAAUGUCAGGCGUGAACGGCUUAUUGGAUCAAUAUCAUAGCUCUAAUAAACAGCAUGACGAAAUGUACACAGAUAAAUUUAGAGAAUUGUUACGCUUGUAUGCCAUUAAAUACUGGCCCAGAAUGCUGGACGAUCUCGAGGUUCUAGAAGCAUUUCUAAAUUCCUUGUACUGCUGGACAAUCCACAGAAACGGAGCCUACGAUUUUACAGAGAAAUUAGAAAUAUGGACGCCUAUCAUUAAAGGCAUAAGUGCGCAUAAUAAAUUAAAUCGCUUUUAUGAAAUUGUGCAACUGCUGGUGCCUGAAAUUAUGCGUCGCACACAAUUCGAAUAUAAUAAGACUGAAUUGGAGUUGUUAGACAAUGAGCUAAUGGAAGAUAAUACCCAAACUGAAUGGCAACAGUAUAUAACGCAGUGCAUUGAAUGCAUUGCAUUAAUUGCUGAACCACGUUCAAGCGAGGUAUUCGCUUUAGUGUUUAGCCAUUGGGGGCGACCUUAUAUGUAUUUACGGUCGCUGGAAAAUGAUGUCGAUUGCGGUAAAACGUUUGACUUUUUACGAAAAAUGAAAUCGCAAAGCCUUCCGGAAAAUUUAAGAGAUUUCACGACCAUAUGCCAAGCAGUUGUACGGAUUAUUCCGCUACUGGAGAACAAUAAUUCAGAAUUAGGCAAUGAAAUUAACUACCACCUAAACGAAUUCGCUGAAAAUUUAUGGACUGUCUUGAAAUUUUUAAUCAGCAACAAAUUAACCGUCUUCGAUGUGGAUAAAUCAAUAUUCCAGACUGAUUUUGAUUAUUUAUACGCCCAAGUUUUAAUGGCCAUACGAAGUAUUUUGCCUUUAUCGAAUAUCUUGAAAGCAGAUCAAAAGCUCGUGACAAUUUUCGAGGCGUUGACCAACAUUUUUCAAACCAAUAAUUUAUUGCGAGGCUGCACAAUAAUCCAAAUGGCUGCCAGUCAGCUAUUAUUAUGUAUAUCGUCUGUAAUACGUCCGAAGAGCCUUUUAGAAUUUCCAGCAAUUAUCAAUAUUAUGCAGUCGGGCCCUCGCCUCUCGCAUUUACCAAGCCAGGUACAGGCUAAUAUAUACAUUAGUAUUGUAAGCUAUUUGAUAUUGCCCUGGAAGAAUGUCGAUGAACGGGGACAGGAUUACGAACAUCGCUCGAUAAUGCUGCGCGAAUAUGUAGAUAGCCUAGCUCGAAGUUUUCUACAAUUAGAUUUAAAUACCAUUAACAGUGCCAUCAUAGCAGAAUCUAAAAUAUCAUCAAUGUCGUUAAAUUUGCUAACAACAUUCAGUUUGGUUAUUGAAUAUUUCAAAAGUUCUCCAAACACUUCCAAGGAUUUACUAUCCACUGCAUUCAAGCCAAUUAUUACUAAAGCUUUGAUGAUUUACAACACUUUCGGCCAAAGUAGUAACAUUAUAGCGACAACAGUAGCAGAUUUCAGUUUAAGCGUAUUACAUACAUUGCAAACUCAGUUAGGAACACAGUUUAUCAAAGAGAUGAUAAACUUAUUCAUUACAGUGAAUAGUAGGGACCAAUUGAGUAUAAGUACUGCAGCGGUUAUCGAAAAAAUUUUGCAAAUGUUUCAAUUAAUUGUCAAGCAUCCCGGCAGUGCUUCGUUGACUAUGAUACCAUCCAUAUUAGAUUUCACCUUCGCCUACAUUAUUCCCCUUCUGCAGCAAGACGACAAUAUAAAGUAUAGCGGUGAUAUAACGAGUGCGGUCUACGAUCUCUUUGAUAGUAUUUUAAAUUAUAAAUGGCAGUACUUUUAUAAAUUUUAUGUGCAACCGAAUGGAAUUUCUUCGUUUCAAAAUGCUAUGAACGGUAGCAAUGGUGCCAUAACUAGUACUACCGAAAAUUUACACCCUGAACAUUUCAUGGCCAUAAUGAAUGCUUACGGUCAGAUUUUAAUUUCCGGCAAUGAUCCAAACAUUGUUCGCAUUGUAUUAAAUUCAUUGCAAAGUGUGCAUGAUCGCUGGCGUUUAUAUCAACGUCCGUUAUUUAAGGAUAAUUUAUUGGCCUCAUUUCAAAGUGCACUAAUCUCAGUGCUGCUGACAGGAGAGGGAGCGUUACACUUCGACUUAUUAGCGAAUACCUUGUUUAAUAUGUCUCAGGUCGAUAAUAUAAAAAUGCGGGAAAGUUUUGCCCAAGCUGGCUUACCGAUCAAUAUGAAAUUGAUUGAUGAAAUUUGCUUAACAAAGGACAUUCCAACAUUUUCACAGAAAUUAACUCAGCUAAUACAGGACGCGCAUUGUGUACAUUUAACGCAGAACUAAAACAUAGUUUAUACGAAAAGAAAGAAAAAACAAGACGAAAUUAUUACGCAAAAGUGAAAAUUUAUAUUACAUUCAUCUACAUACAUACUAAAUGUUGCUAUUAUCCUGCAGCAACAACAAAAAUAGAUUAUAAUUCACGAUUUCCUUUUAUCAAAAUCUUCUUCAGGCGAUACUUGUUUUGGUCAUAUUUCCGCUUAUCAAUUUCGUUUGGCUUUCUCUUCACAUCCUGAUCGCUACAAUAGUCAUAAAAAGUUUUAAGUGUGUAAUUUAUAUAACGAUUUUCAUAACAAAAGAAUUUCUUUCGCCUUAUU